AUGUCAAAGUCUGGCAACUUGGCCGCGCUUUCCUCGAUACUGAGCGCAUCGCCUGCCGAUCGACCAACUCUGUACUAUGCGGAAGAUCCCCCGUACCUACCUCGGAUCCUCAUCUUCUACUGGCCCGUACAAGGUGUCAGCUCGUUCGCAUCGACUUCACGAGUCAGGCUCACCAUACUGAGCGCAGCAGGCUUCAAGGCGUUUACUCCAUUCUCCAUCGCGCCCUCGAGCGCCUACUACUCGGCAGUACAUAAGCUGUCUGACGAACGCCAGAGAGAUGAGGUCUCACGUGCUAUCGCAUUCGGUCUGUUCAGAUACUUCUCGGAAGUGCCGGCAGACGUGAAGAACAAUAUAACGGAUGAGAACCUCAAGGAGGGCAUCGGUCUGAAAUGGGGUCAGACACAUGCUGCGCAGAUCACAAGUGCGUGCACGAAGGUCACGAAUACGGAUGAGAUUAUUGAGGCUUUAAGACCUUUCUCAAAAGAGCGUCCUGCUAGUCCCGCAACACCGGUGCGACCUCUUGCGUCGAUCAGGAAGACCCGACCAUCCUUCCUCCCACAAGAGGCAAGGACUCAGGCCACACCUUCGAGGAGAACACCGAGCUCUCAAGCAAGACGGACGCCGUCGAAUUCAGCCACACCAACGACCCGAAAGAAUGCGCCUACUCCAGUCAAGACGCCAUCAAACCAGAAUGCUGUCAGCAUAGAGAAGCUCGAAUCUCUGCGUUUUAAGAUGUGCGAGUUCGUGGAUACUGAAGAUCGAUACAUCAUCCGUCUGCAAGAAUUGAUCGAGCUUGUCACCAACCAAGGCAGGACUCCAAAAUCUCUCAGCUCGAAAUUUACCAGUUCUUCUAAGCAAAAGACUGUGAAUGCGAUGAUCCAGUUUCCAUCUCUCCUCGACACUCUCAAAGAUCUCAAUAUCGCCUUCCUCGAUGACAUCGAAGGAGUGCUACAGAAGACGGAGGACUCUGCUUUGGCGUUCAUCGACCAAGCAGGCGGUGCCACGACUAUUGAAUUGCACCAGCUAGUAAAAGAUCCUAUCGGUGUCUAUGCCUUCGCCAAAAUCCUCUUGACUCACUUUCCCAAAUUCCUGCUGCCAUAUCGCGACUACCUGGACCUGCACUCCCUCAUAUCAUCGAAUCUAGAUCAGUACUUGAGAGACGGCACCACAUCAAUCCAGACAGUGCCUUCAUUGCUGAUGGAGCCUGCCCAGCGGAUCUCACGGUAUGGUCUGUACAUAGACACCAUGCUUCCACACGUGCCGUCGACAUCCACAAUGGCUACGCGCACUCUGGAGAAAGCACGAAAGAUAAUCGCUGAGAUCUGCGAGAUGGAGCCAGCAGCGAGCACGAUUCUGGACUCUUUACGCGUGGAGCAUGAGGCAAAGCGGGUCGGACUGCGCGCGUACUCACCUACGAAGUUGCUGGGCACACUCACACGAACCCACGGAAGUGUCAGAGAGGCGCCUGCUGUCACAAAAGACCAGCCGCAGACACCUCGGUUGUUCCAUAGUUUGGGACGCAGUCUGAGCCGGAAAAACAAGAGCCGUGCUGGGCUUAACGGCAUCUUGAGCGAGCAUAGCAGGACGCCAUCACAGCAGGCGCAGACACAAAUCAACAACGGGACCUUCCCAGUUGUCACAAAGCCAACGACUCGUGGUGACGAGAACCGGCCACCAACGUCCUCCUCGAACGCAUCUUUCGGCUCGUUCACCUCGCGAAUGAGGCCGCAGACGGCAACUUCGCAGAAAUCCGCUGCCUCAACGUCAAGGCUGAAUCUGGAGAGUAUUCCUUCGCUACCUCCCACACCCGCCCAUCCGGAGCCAGUUUCGGCGGAGCCAGAGGACGCAAAAGUCAAGAAGGAUAGUCUCGACUCGACCACUACAAUUGGCGGCGGCGUAAGCGGAGGCCAGAAGACGCUGGAACAUUACAAGGCGGCACUUAUGCGCGUCGAAGAGGAGAACUACAAGCUGCUGCAGGAGAACGCCGAGCUGAAGAGGCAGACCACAUCUGCCGUCGUCACCCUUGUGACCCUCACCUCGACUGCUCUCGCGGGCGUGGUGUUCCCUCCCCCUAACGCUUACAAUAGUACAGCACCGCCCACCUUCGAUGACCUUGUCCCUCGCAAGGCCUCUGACUGGACCUGCGAAGCUACCGAGAGGCCCGGGCCAAACGUACAUCUCGAUGAGGCCGGGUGCAAGGGCAUAACUCCGCAGAUCUGCGCAGACCACGCAGUGUGCAAUGAGAAGACUGUCAAGGACUCUGUCGGUAAGGAGUGCAAGGUGCAGAGCGUGAGCUUCGACAAAUGGGGAGAGUGCAGAAAUAUGGAUCUGGCCUGCCACUGCAAGGGCAACAAGGGCACGAAAUGCGAGUACAAGGAAUUCAAAGACAAGCCGAAGCGUGACGCAGACAAAUCGAAGGUCCCGCAGAUGCACCACGUGCCCUCUAAGAGCCAGCCCUUCAAGUGCCCGGCUUAA